AAUAACGAAAUUAUACAAUUUACUAUCAAAAUGAACUCACUCCAAAAACUACCCCAUAACUUUUUCAAAUUGAUUAUAAAUUUAGUAAAUUCGAAUUUGACACGGAAAGCCAACAAAAACAUUUACAAUUAAUAAAUACAUUCACCGGAACUUAAAAUGCCAAUUUAAUUCAAAAAUGGAGAAAAAUUCAAACUAAAGUAUUUAAAACUAAUAAAUCAAAGUACAUUAAAUUAAUAAAAAUUUCAAAAGCUUACCUAAAUCAAGCGUCACAUCAUUGACUUUAUUGACCUAAUUCAUUGGCUUCAAUCAAGUUACCAAAAUCUUCCCUCACCUAGUACCUAAACUUUGUAGGAAAUUAACUUCACCACCCCCAAACUUUAGGAAAUUAGAAAACCACCCCACAACCACCCACAUUCCCACUCUUAACACCCUCAUUAAAUUCUUCCCCCAUUUUCAAGAUUUCCUCACACACAACACACUGUCACACUCUCCUCAUAAAUUUCCACCAAAAUUAAAAAAAAAAAUUAAAUAAAAAAUUAAAAAAUGAAAUUAAGUGAAGAUUUUCUGCAGUGAAAAUGGCAGAGAUUUCUUCUGAGCAAGAAGAACAAACCCAAAGUCAAUGGAAAUAAAGGGGUCCCCAAAAUCCCACAAGAUUUUUUUGCCAAGGGAAGAGAAUACACACAGUUCCACAGCAACUUUUCAUCUGAAGCUAAAGAAUGGGAAAAGCUACAAGGUGGCUGAGGGGACUGUUCGGAAAGAAGAAAGAGAGAGAAAAUGUGGACAGCAGCUCCAAUUGUAGUGAGAGAAAGGAUAAGAAAAGGUGGAGCUUUGUCAAGUCCGGCAAAGAUUCCGGCGGGUUGAUCGAGAUUCCGGCUGCCGACUCCGCGUGGCUGAGAUCCUUCUCUACUGAUUCCGACAAGGAGCAAAACAAGCACGCCAUCGCCGUCGCCGCCGCCACUGCCGCCGCCGCUGAUGCUGCCGUCGCCGCCGCUCAGGCGGCGGUCGCUGUUGUCCGGCUCACCAGUCAGAGCCGAGGUGCCCUGUUUGGCGGCGGCGGCGCCGGCGGAAGGCGGAGAUGGGCUGCUGUAAAGAUCCAGGCCUUUUUUAGAGGCUAUUUGGCCCGAAAAGCACUAAGAGCUCUAAGAGGGCUGGUGAAACUACAGGCCCUUUUUAGAGGCUACCUCGUGAGAAAACGUGCCGCCAAGACUCUUUACAGCAUGCAAGCUCUUAUUCGGGCUCAAUCAGCCGUUCGAUCUCAAAUGGCCCGUCGUCGAUCUAAGCCCGAAUCCAGAUCACAAAAAUCCAUUGAGAGUGAGUUUCAUAGCAAAAGGCAUUCGGCUAGUUACGACCCGUGUCUCAACAAUCAAUUCGACGAAAGCCCGAAAAUAGUUGAAAUCGACACUUGCGGCCCGAAAUCUAGGUCACGUAGAAUGAGUUCCUGCAUGUCCGAGUUUGUAGAGGAUCAAUACUAUUACGGCUCGAUGAUGAUGUCAUCGCCCCUUCUUCCCGGCCCGAUCCCUACCCAUUCUCCCGUGGACGAUUUCGACUGGGGGUACGUCGAAGCAAACUACAAAUGCCCCACGGCCCAGACGACACCUAGGUUCGGUUAUUCGGGCCGGGCCCACGGGCCCGCAACACCGGCUAAGAGCGUGUGUGGGGAUGGCCUCUUUAGGGCUUACUCGAACUGCCCAAACUACAUGUCGAACACGCAGUCGUUCAGGGCGAAGCUGAGGUCGCUGAGCGCGCCGAAGCAGAGGCCCGAAGCAGGCCCCAAGAAGCGGCUGUCGUUGGACGAGAUAAUGGCGGCGAGAACGAGCUUUAGCGGUGUUAGAAUGCGGAGGUCGUGCUCCCAAGUUCGAGAAGAUAUCGAAAUUUAGGGGGUGUGUUUAUUUGGUGUGUGUGUGUAUGUGUUUGAUUGUGUGUGUGUGUGUGAGAGAGAGAAAGAGGGUGAUAGAGAGAGCCAUUUGUCUAUAAAGAAAAAUGGAGCUAACAUAAAAAACUUGUCUAUGGAUUUUCUUUUUUCCAAUGGUUCUUUUUGAUAACUACUAAUUGAAAGAUUAAGACAUAGUUUUGAAUUGUGUAAGAAUAUAGUUUUUAUUUUAUUUUAUUAUUAU